AUGUCAGCCACGUUCCCCGGUUUGGUCCAUGAUGCCGAGAUACGUCAUGACGGGUCCAACAGUUACCGUCUGAUGCAGCUAGGUUGCCUUGAGAGCGUCGCCAACUCCUCCGUGGCUUAUAGCUCGUCCUCGCCGCUCACAGCCUACCCCGCGGCGGCUACGGAGUUCGCCUCGCCCUACUUCUCCACCAACCACCAGUACACCCCCCUGCACCACCAGUCCUUCCACUAUGACUUCCAGCACUCCCACCCAGCCGUGGGCCCAGAGGCGUACGGCCUCAACUCUCUCCACUCCGGGCAGUACUACCAGCAGAUUCACCAUGCGACCCAUGGAGACACAGACUUCAUCAACCUGCACAGCGCCCGUGCACUUAAGUCCUCGUGCCUGGACGAGCAGCAGCGGCGCGAGCUGGGCUGCUUGGACGCAUACCGGCGCCAUGACCUGUCUUUGAUGACGUCACACGGUGGGCAGUACGGCAUGCACCACGACCAGAGGCUGCUGCCUGCAGCCGGUCUGGGGCUCCCUCCCCCCGGGGCGGAUGACCUGCAGGGCUCCGUGGAGGCGCAGUGCGGGCUUGUGCUCAAUGGCCAAGGCGGCAUCAUCCGAAGAGGAGGUACCUGUGUGGUGAACCCUACAGAUCUGUUCUGCUCUGUCCCCGGCCGUCUGUCCCUCCUGAGCUCAACCUCCAAAUAUAAAGUCACCAUCGCUGAGGUUAAGAGACGCCUCUCGCCUCCAGAGUGUCUCAACGCCUCACUUCUGGGAGGAAUAUUACGCAGAGCUAAGUCUAAGAAUGGUGGUCGUUGUCUGAGGGAAAAGUUAGAUCGACUGGGACUCAACCUGCCAGCUGGACGGAGAAAAGCUGCCAACGUUACACUCCUCACCUCUCUGGUGGAAGGUGAGGCGCUCCACCUGGCUAGAGACUUUGGUUAUACAUGUGAGACAGAGUUUCCUACCAAGGCAGCAGGAGAACACCUAGCCAGACAACACAAUGAACCCAAGGAGACCAGCGGACGCAAGAAGAUGGUGCUGGCCACCAAACAAAUCUGUAAAGAGUUCCAGGACCUGUUGAGUCAGGACCGUUCUCCUCUUGGCUCCUCCAGACCCACACCUAUACUGGACCUGGAUAUACAGAGACACCUCACACACUUCAGUCUGAUCACCCAUGGAUUCGGGACUCCGGCAGUGUGCGCGGCUCUCAGCACCUUCCAGACCGUUCUAAGUGAGAUGCUCAACUUCCUGGAUAAACAUUCUGCCACCGGGAACCCUGGGAAAACCUCUGGUCAGGAGACGGACAAGACCGGAACUGUCCGGAAAACCAGCGAGCUGCUCAAUAAAGACGGCAAAGCUGAAAAGACAGAGUAG